AUGGCUAUAAUAUUGGCUGCAUCUUCUGCUGUCUUGGCUCUUCUUUUGGUUACUGCAACAAUGGGUUUCUUUAUAAGAAAGAAUGUAAUGAGGAAAAGAAGAGAGAGAAAACAAUUUGGGACACUUUUGGAUACAGUGAAUAAAUCCAAGCUAAAUGUUCCAUAUGAAAUUCUUGAAAAAGCAACAAAUUACUUCAAUGAUGACAAUAAGCUAGGACAAGGAGGAUCAGGUUCAGUUUAUAAAGGAGUUAUGCCAGAUGGUAAUAUUGUGGCUGUUAAAAGGCUUAGUUUUAACUCGACGCAAUGGGUGGAUAAUUUCAUCAAUGAGGUUAAUUUGAUUAGUGGAGUUCAUCACAAAAAUGAUGAGAGAAGAAAGAAUACUUACACGUCGGAGUCACUCCGCCAACGCUUCAAUCGUGAUUCAGAGGGAAUGCUUCAAGCUUGA